UAGCCCUGUAAUAUCACAUUUGGGAUAAUAUUUCAGAGGAUGUUGGAGGGGGCCCCCCCAAAUAAGCCUGUGUUUUUUGUUCAAUGCAAAUGACAUGUUGGCUACCACUCGAGUUCCCCUUGCCCCACCCAUUGGGGUGAUCCGUCGCUUCUACGCCUCAUCAGCAUCACCCCCUUCAUCUCGUGUGGCAGGCAGCUAGGCAGCCUGCAAUUUUGACAAACAAUAAAUAUGCAGUAAAACAAGUGUAUGGGACACUUUUAUUGGUUACAUUUAUUUACUGAGUUUCGUGGGCUCUUAUGGUAAUGAAAAAUUAGUCGACUUAUUUGACUACAGACUGGAAAUUCACGCGGAAGGUGCACUUAGGCGUUGUGACAACUUGGGGUUGGUACAAUACAUUCAAUCGGCGUUAUUCGGGGUCUACACUUGUUGAUGCCGAUUAGGCUCGUUUUGAGUACUUAUUGACAAGUCCAUCGUGGCAAGAGGGGGUGCAGAGCCGGAAAGGAUGUGGAGAGGGUGAUGCUCCUCCCCCCAGUAGGCUAUGGGAUCUUUGCUGAAUUAUCCGCUGAGGACCGCCGGCAGCAGCUCGGACGGGACAGAGGACUCGGAUUUUUCCGCCGACCUCGAGCACGUCGAAGCUUCCGAGAGCGCGCACAGGCGCAGCAGCACGCGCCUGACUCGAGCUUCACUGCGCCUCAGCCGGAGCUCACAAGAUAAUUGCAGUUCUCCUGCAGCCCCGGGUCCUGACGAAGGCCUUGAUUCGGCAGCCGAGUCGGCCACAGCAGCAGCAGCAGUGGCUGCAUCUGUCUUCUCCUCUGGGCGCAGGAUCACACGCAGCCAGCAGGGGGCGACAAACACCACAGCCAAAAAAUACCCACUGCGUCAGAGCAGGUCGUCUGGCUCAGAAACCGAGGCUAACGACCAGAAGCAGGGGGCGGACCGGGACGAGACCCCUCCCCGGACCCCGACAGGCAACGCCCCCUCCUCAGAGUCAGACAUCGAGGUUUCCAGUCACAGCAACGACCUUGUGUCUUCUAGCAACGAUAUUGUAGUUUCACAAGAGGAGGACGAGAGAUUGGCCAAAGAGCUGUCACUCAAAGAGGCCGCCGCCCAUGACCUUUCCCACCGGCCCAAACGACGACGCUUCCACGAGAGCUACAACUUCAACAUGAAGUGCCCCACACCUGGGUGCAACUCAUUGGGUCAUCUAACAGGGAGGCAUGAGAGACAUUUCUCCAUAUCAGGAUGUCCUCUCUACCAUAAUCUCUCCGCUGAUGAAUGCAAGGGCAAGGCAUCGACGCGCGAUAAACAGGCCGAGGAAAGGACGCUGUCACACCGCCAGGACGAGAACAGACACUCCACAAGAAACCAGGCCCCGACAGAGCGUCAGCUGCGCUACAAGGAGAAGGUGACGGAGCUGAGGAGGAAGAGGAAUUCAAGCCUCAAUAAGGAGCAGAAGGAGAAGCACAUGGAGCACCGUCAGAGCCACAGAGCUAGCAGGGAGCCGCUGCUGGAGAACAUCACCAGCGACUACGACCUCGAGCUGUUCAGGAAAGCGCAGGCACGUGCCUCGGAGGACCUUUCAGCAAACCCUCCUCUGCAGCCACAUGAGGAGUCUGAGAUAUUUUUGGAGAAACUUCGUCUGGCCGGCCAGGUGUCGGAGGGCAGCAACAUGAUAAAGACCAUCGUGUUUGGCCGCUACGAGCUCGACACAUGGUACCAUUCUCCAUACCCAGAGGAAUACGCCCGCCUGGGGAGGCUCUACAUGUGCGAGUUUUGCCUUAAGUACAUGAAGAGCCAGACCAUUCUGCGCAGGCACAUGGCCAAGUGUGUGUGGAAGCACCCUCCAGGCGACGAGAUCUACAGGAAGGGGAACAUCUCUGUCUUUGAGGUGGACGGAAAGAAGAACAAGAUAUACUGUCAGAACUUGUGUCUGCUGGCGAAACUCUUCCUGGACCACAAGACUCUGUAUUACGAUGUGGAACCUUUCCUUUUCUAUGUCAUGACUGAAGCUGACAACACAGGUUGCCAUCUGGUCGGAUACUUCUCCAAGGAGAAGAACUCGUUCCUGAACUACAACGUGUCCUGCAUCCUCACCAUGCCACAGUACAUGAGGCAGGGCUACGGCAAGAUGCUCAUAGACUUCAGUUACCUGUUGUCCAAGGUGGAGGAGAAGGUGGGUUCCCCCGAGCGCCCCCUGUCUGACCUGGGCCUUAUCAGCUACCGCAGUUACUGGAAGGAGGUGCUGCUGCGCUACCUGAACAACUUUCAGGGCAAGGAGAUCUCCAUCAAAGAGAUCAGUCAGGAGACGGCAGUGAACCCAGUGGAUAUUGUCAGCACACUGCAAUCCCUCCAGAUGCUCAAAUACUGGAAGGGAAAGCACCUGGUUUUAAAGAGACAGGACCUUAUUGACGACUGGAAGGCCAAGGAGACCAAACGUGGAAAUGGCAAGAGCAUUGACCCCACAGCCUUAAAAUGGACACCGCCCAAAGGGACGUAGAGGGAGCUUCCUUUCACACUCCAAACACACACACAGACAGAUCCUCCACCACCUCCACUGGCAUGCUCACAGACCCUGAGCCUAAACCCCUCACACACAAACUCUUGUACAGACCGCUUGCAGCAGCUACGGCACAGUCCGCCGUUCCUCUGGGUUCAGCAGUCACUCUCAUGGCUCGGGAAAUUGACUUCAGUCCAACAUUAGCUCACUGAUAUAAUGCCUGGUCCAGAGUAUUUGUUUGGACAUUGCACUAAAUUUGAUGAAAAUGAGGCAAAUGUGCAUGAAUUUGGACCUAAUACACGAAUGAAUGAUCAGAAAUGUAUUAAGAAUUUAAGACCUGGCUAUGUGUAGACACUUUGUAAGAUUUGGUACUGCAAAAUUUGACAAAGCUGUAAUCCGAGUCGCAAUCAGGGCAGUAGGGAGGGAUUAAACACUCACAUAUAAAAACAACAACAAAAAACAUGCAUAGCAAUAACAAUCGUUAAUUUAUGGCAGUGUUCAGUAACAAAAAAACAAAAAGAGACAACCAAACAGAAGCAAUAUUGCAGCUGCAGAUGCCCUCAAAUAAUAGUUCAGU